GCUUGGAUGCAUUGUGGGAGACUGGUCCCUCGAAGCACCGGAACAAAAUUUUAUUUUGUGGCUGGGACACGUAACACAACAAAAGAAGAUUGGAAUUUGGGAUGGCGAACGUCUUAAUUGGUAUUCCUCAGUUCUCUCUACUUGUCGCGAGGCGAAGGGUUGGAUUUCGCUCACAUUGGGAAACCCGCAACAACGGUGGUAUUAGCGGCACCAUUUGUUGUUCAAGCCGACGGCUUUCAGAACUGCGAUCUUCUUGGGAAUUUGGGGUCAGAUCGGAUCAAAGACGGCGUCUUUUGGCUGCUUCUGGGGCCGUCUCUUUUGACCCAGUUCAAGCGCCCACCAUAUACUCCUCCCGACUGGAUACUGCUACUGGCGGUGGUGGUGACGGAGAUGAGUUCGGUAACAGAGGCGGAGGCGGUGGUGGUGACAACAAAGACGACGAAGAGUCCGGAGGCGGCUCAGACGAAAACAGCAAGGAGAUGGCUGGCAUGUCCAUGUCGCAAAAGUUAACUCUGGCUUAUGCCGCUCUUCUUGGAGUGGGUGGAGCUAUUGUCUACAUGAUUAGUGGCAGCCUGAACUCACUGCUGGCAGGGGGACUAUCAGCCUCACUACUGUAUUUUGUUUAUGCUACGCUUCCCACAAAACCCAUUCUUGCAUCAUCCAUAGGACUUGGCCUUUCUGUUGCACUUUUGGGAGUGAUGGGUACUCGUUUUGAGAUAUUUGGGAAGAUAUAUCCACGUGUUGUAUCUUUGGUGUCGCUUAUAAUGACCGGUGGUUACUUACAUGGGAUUAUGCGGAGUCUACGCUGAAAUGUUUACAAGCGAGACUCUAGUUAUCUGCUGAGGCUGUAUGGUACUCACCAACUUUGAUCGAAUUAUAUCUCAUCUAGUAACCAGGAUCAGUGUUUUCACAUGUCUUCUGUGUUGUAGUAUGCAUUGAACUUUUUUUUGGACCAUUGUCUGCUGUGUAUGUGUCCCAUCUUCUUCUUUUUUUUGUUUGUUAUUAGAGCUGUUUAUAUUUCCGUA